AUGGGUAAGAAAGUAAUACCUAAAGGUAAAAAUAUACCAGAAGAAGUUAAAAUAGAGGAAAAAAAUUAUGAUAUUUCAUUUUUAGAUGAAGAUUGUGUAUAAGAAAUCAUCGAAUAAUUAAAAUUUUUAAUCGAAAAAUAAACGAAACUAGUCAUUUUAAUUAUACACUAUGAUAUUCCGUUAGGAGAGUAUAAAUUGACAUCUUCAGUGAAGUUUUUUUUUGAAUAUUUAAAGAAAUAAAUGGAAAGUACCCAAAUUUCUUUCAAUGAAAAUAGUACUUUGAUUGAAAAUUUCGAUGAAAAAAUAGAAACCGAAUUUUUUCCAGAAAACUCAAUUUUGGUAUUGGAAAAUGCUUUUUUUUAGCCCGAAGAAAUCCAAUUUAAAUUCGAUGAAAAUAACGCACUUGUUAAAUAUAAUUUAGAUGACAUUUAAUAGUAUGUUAAUGCCCUUUCAAUGUAUUGUCCAGUCUUUGUACUAGAUGAUAAGGACAAUUUAUUCUCGAGAUAUUCGUCUGUGAUAAGGAUUAAGGCUGAAAAUAAUGUCUUAGGGCUCAAUCUGGCUAAUUAUAUUCAUUAAAUAGGACAUUUAGUUAGUUUUGAGAAGAAACCGUUCAUAAUGUUUGUUGGAGGAGGAUUAUCUGCUGAAAAAAUUUAAGGUUUGGAUGUACUUUUAGAGUUUGUGGAUGAAUUACAUUUAUAUGGGGAAAUUGGAAUGAUGUUUUAUAUUGUAUAGAAGUUAGAUAUUGAAAAAAUAAAGCUUAGUUUUUUAUAACAAUGGAAAAUAAAUAGUCUAGAAAGAAAUAUUAUAAAAAAUAUUUUAUUAAAAAAAAAAGAGAAAAUAUAUCUUCCAGUAGAUUUUUGUAUUAUAUAAGACUUAAAUAUAGAAGGAAUAGAGAAAUACUCACAUUCCUGGUUUUAAAAAGCUUAAGAAACCAUCUAAAAUUUCCCUCCGAGAAUUUUAAAAGAAAAAUAGCAGCAAGAAUAAAUAUAAGAAACAGAUGAUAAAAAUACUAAAUAAAUAGGAGAAAAUAGUCAAUUAAUAGGAGAUAAUAGUCAAUUAAUAGGAGAAAAUAAUCCAUAAAUAGAAUAAAAUAGUCCAUAAAUUGGAGAUAAUGACGAAUAAAAUAAUAUACAAUAGGAAGAAGAGGAAGAAUAUGAAGAAGAAUAUGACGAAAAUAACCCUUCUUAGAAAAAAAACUCUUUUAAAAAUAAAAACUAUAAUGAAAUUAUUGAAGAUAAUACUAUAGAGGAAUCAUUUGAGUAUAAUUAUGAAGCUUAAUUCCCUGAAAAUUAUUUAAUUGUCGAUUUGGGAGAAUAAAGUUUGCAAAAAUAUCAGAAUAAGUACCCGAAAAGGAAGAAAAAUAGGAUGGAUAGACAGUCUGAGUAUUUUUUAGGGAAAUAAUGCAUUUUUUGAAGGGAAUAAAAAUGUUUCUAAGUGUCUAUUUAAAAUGCAGUAGGAUAAAAAAAAAAGACUGGAAGAAUUAGUCAAAAAUAAUAAUGAUUAUAAUUAUAUUAACGAUGUUUUAGUAUUCAGUUUUGGGAAAGAACUAGAAUAAGAAUUAAAUUUCUUUGAAUUAAUUGAGAAGUAAUAAAAUUUUGAAAAUAAUGGAGAAAAUAACACAGAAAAUUCAGAAAAUAAUGAACAUAAUUCCGAAAAUAUAUAAGAAAAUUCAGAAAAUAUAGAAAAUGAGGAAAAUAAUACAACUUUAAAAACAAAAAUAAAUAAUAUUAAGGAAAUUUCAGAUUUCUAUUUAAAGGAUAGUCUUUUUGCACUUAAAAUUUUAAGUGGAAAUUAUAUUGAAAGUUUAUAAAAUAUAGAAACUUAUA